GAUGACGGCGACGAUGAGACAAGAGAGCGUGUCGUGCGAGCGAUUGAGCGCAACGACGUCCUAGAAAAGAAUGUUCAAUAUCCUUUCUUCAGACAUGCCGACUCAAGAACACAUUUAUCCAAGCCAUUCCCCAACAUGGCUCUACCGAAGGACUGGACAAGGUCGUUGCAAGAGUCAAAAGCUCGGGAAGAGUUGUUCAAGAGCGGAUUCGUGGCAGAUAUGGCUCACAUAUCUGCUCUACCUGACGGAAUUGUGCAAUGGAUCCUGUCUGAGCUACUUCAAGACCUCGAAGGUAGCUUGGCUAGCGCCUAUGUGAGCAUUCUA